GGAGUGCACAGCUGAGCUCACAAUUGAGCCCUAAGGGACAGGUUCAUCAUCAUGGCCAGCAUCAAACUUCAGAGAUCAGUUCACAAACACUGGGGUGCUACAACAUUGUGAUAUACUCACCUCUUGCACGGAAAGCUCAAAAUUGGAACACAGGUCAUGGCAAGUAAAACAAGACAGCAGUUCUUACGAGCUUAACACAAAGGUAAAUAACCCCCAGGACAGACCCUGACAGGAACAACAAAACAUCCAUUCACCCUAAUUGAGUGACUUCAGUUGGCUUCCACAGGCAGCAUCGUCACACAUGCAAUCUGGGAUGGAAGCAGCAGUCAGUCUGGAGAAAAAAAAACAGCUUCAAACAAGAUGCCUGGUACAGCGAGGCAUGACCGAGACAUGGCAGACCAGGCCAAAAGAAAUCUGGCCAAAACCACAGACCCAAUUGAGAGGCUUCGGCUGCAGUGUCUAGCAAGAGGGUCUGCAGGCAUCAAAGGACUUGGCAGAGUAUUUCGGAUUAUGGAUGACAACCAAAACAGAACCCUUGAUUUCAAAGAAUUCUUGAAAGGGUUAAAUGAUUAUGCCGUAAUGAUAGACAAGGAAGAAGCUCAAGAGCUUUUCAGGAUCUUUGAUAAAGAUGGCAACGGAACAAUAGACUUUGAUGAAUUUCUUGUAACGUUAAGACCUCCAAUGUCUAAUGCCAGAAAAGAGGUCAUCAUGCAAGCAUUUAGGAAGUUUGACAAAACCGGUGAUGGUAUUGUAACCAUUGAAGACUUACGGGGGGUGUAUAAUGCAAAGCAUCAUCCCAAAUAUCAGAAUGGAGAAUGGACAGAAGAUCAAGUUUUUAGAUCCUUUCUAGAUAACUUUGAUUCACCGUAUGAGAAAGAUGGGAAGGUUACAACAGAAGAAUUCAUGAACUACUAUGCAGGAGUCAGCGCUUCAAUAGACACUGAUGUCUAUUUCAUUAUCAUGAUGAGAAAUGCUUGGAAAUUCUAACUGUACGAUUAAGGAAACAAGACUUUAUUUCCAUCUUCUUAGCUCCACAUGAUUAAAUAUGUGCACAAUAAUAUGGUCACGUUUCCCAUAAUAGUACCUUGUAGUCACUGUGCUGAUUGCAGUAUAUCAGAAGAGACAAUACUCACUCUACCACAUUGCUUUGGCAGGACCAUGCUGAGCUGAUGCACAUCAUAGGCUAAGAGAUUUGGCAGCCCUGCCAAUAAUCACGCCCCUUGCUUUUCCUCCUGCUCCCCUUAUCUAUGUUGUUUCUUCUCUCAUGUUUCUCCUCAGACGUGUGUUAGGCUCCUUUUGUUUCCAAAUUUGUCCCCAAAUUCAUGUUAGGCAGCUGUGCUUCAAAGAAGGUACCAUAGCACCAGAGCAGAGGAUUCUGGGAUGUAUAUACUCCAGUGUAUAAAUGUGUAGGCAUUUUUGUAGCACGUAUACUGUCCUAAAACUCCAUAGAUUUGUCUUCCUUCUUUUUCCUUCUAUUCCUUUGUUUCUUGACUUUCUUCCCAUUCUCUGGGACCACCUGUCUACUGUUUCUGUUAUCAAAGUCACCAGUGGGCAUAGAUGCUUUACAAAUGUUCUCUUAACUGUGUAAUUGGAAUACCUACCAGUGCUCCACCCAGUGUCUAUGCUGGACCUAAACUGAAAGACUAUACAUAUUACUAAGCUACUUCUCCUGGGAAUUUUUUAUGAACUAAAGAACUUUAGAAUCUUAAUUUUUCUUGGCUUUGCUGCUGAAAAAAACUGGACAUUAGUUAACUGGAAGAGAUAAUAGGACUCUUCUGUCAUGUCAGUGUCUGUGAGAGCUGAUGUCUGGUCAGCUACCUGUGAGAAGAGGGAUGGUAAGAGAAGGGGCCUGUCUGAAAGCCAUACUUCCUCUAGUUAGUCUCACUUUGUUUCCUUUUCUCAUUUCUCUUGUCAGUUUGUCCCAGAGUAAAUAGUUGUCAUGUAAAUGGUUUACACGGAGCAGGAUUUACUCCAAUUAAUUUGUGCAAGUGUCAUAUACUUGUGUUUUCAAUCUCUCAAUCCUUAGUAAAAGACUCAAGGUUUUGACAACAAAUUGAGCCAUGUUCAGAGCCAAAAAGAAGUCCUAUAGGCCACAUUUUUAAAAGCGCUUAACACCCAGAAGUGGCACUAGAUUUUCAAGAGCUCUGCUCUUAUUUACAUACCAAACUAAGUGGCCUGAUUUUCAAAAGUUCAGUGUGUGAUUUUUGAAAAUCUAACCUUAAAUGUUACAAUGGCAGUUAGUAGCUACUGAGCACUCUAAAAUCUGGCCCUGAGCUGUUUGGAAACCUGGCCUUAUGGGAUACACACUUGCUAUUUUUUUUAAAUAUGACCUGUCAUCACAACAGUAGGUAUCUGGAAUUCCUCACCACAGGCUGUGCAAUCUCAGUGUUUUCCUUGGUCCGGUAAGGCUCUGCACACUUGCAUAUAUUAAUAACUAUGGAAGUUGGUGUGAAUGGAAAGGGACAUUAUUUUGAUUAGAUAAUAUGCCUCAUCAAGGAAAUGAGGGCUCUUUACAUAAUGUGAUGCUGUUGUGGACUAACAAAUAAAUUCAUGUACAUGAAGUAGAAAGGUGCAUGGUACAUGAAUAAUACAUGUGCCAUUUCACAUGCUGGCAGUUAUAUGUAGCCACUUUCUUAUUCAUUUAUUUAUUGGUUCUGUAACAGGUAUAUUAUCUACGUUGCACAUUUUAAAUAAAGAUGUAACAUUAGUGGGCUGAGAGAGUCACAAAGUGAAAAAUGAUCCCACUCGGGCAUAUACCGUAUCUAAAGACUCCCAAAAUCCACAGUGAUCUGUUGUGCUGACAUUUAAUCAAGUGAAGUGAAAAGUUUUGUCUUACUAACCUUAACUCUUGACCAGUUUGUCUGUUUCAUACUAACCAUAUAAAAUUCUAACAUUUAUUCAAGGCCAAGUGCAAUAUGCCUUUUCAAACGCAAUUUUUUCUUUGUAAAUGGAUGAAAAGCUCUGACACUGCAAAACGUAUUGUCCCUGAUCAUACACUAUUAAAGUCAGUGGGAACUUUGCCAUUGACUUCAGGGAGCAAAGGAUCAAGACCGUUGUGAUUAAUGAAAGAUCACUGCUUUGAGAUUAGAUUUCCCUUCUUUUUCUGCACCAACCCUGAGUAAUGGAACUUUGUACAGGGAAGUGAGUGAGGUGAACAGGGACAGAAUUAGUACAUCCCAUUCUGCAGACAGCAGGACUCUAUGGCCACUAUUGCAAUAGACUGAAAACCAGCUGAUCUCCCUUUGGAUUCUCUGUACGUAAAUUCUGGGCCACUGGGAUUGGUCCUGCUUUGAGCAGGGGGUUGGACUAGAUGACCUCCUGAGGUCCCUUCCAACCCUGGUAUUCUAUGAUUCUAUGGUCCCUCCCCGCCACACACUUUUUUCUGGAAGUCAUUAUACGUGAAUAAAGAACCCUGAACACUUCCAUGGAACUGUUACUGAUUUUAAUCCCUCUGGCAAUGUUCCCAUUCACUUCAGUAGAAUCAGGCCCUCAGUCUGCUUUUUACAACAAAACUUGUAACUGCAAGAAAAGGUCCAUUGUAUGCAGGGUGCGGGAAAGAGCUGAGCUGAAAUAUUUUUUACCCUCUAGCAAAUAUAGUAGAAUUCAAUGGGGAUCUCUACUAUAACAAAUAUAGUUUUAAUUGCAGGUAUGCAAUAUCAUACAAAGAAGCAUAGCACAUUGGUGGCUAAAUUGAAAAAGUUAUAUACAAAGGACCAGACACUGCCACCCUUGACCCAUGGGCAAAACUUGCAUUGACUUUAACAGAAGUUCAAUGCAUAGGUCAAAGGCAGGAUGGACCUAAGGGUUGAGUCAGGUCUCAGAUGCCGUUAUAGAUAAUGCUGUAUGCAUGGAGCCAGCAGCAGUCUCUAGCACUGUUGUAUGCUGUACUGUAAACAGGGAUAGCUGUAAAAUUCUAAAAUGUUAUUUCGCACUUUGUUCGAUGGGAUGAUUUCUCAUUUCUGAUCAUGACACUCAAGCUACACCGGGUGGUAUAAAUUGUGGGGAACAACUUAGUCUGACGCACGUAGCAUUUUCGAUCGAUAUAUGGAACGCCCACUGAUGUCAGUAGGAGUGACGCAUGUGGAUCAAGGGCAGCAUAAAAUCCUAAAUUGGAACACAAGCCACAGUUGAAAACCAUUGUAAACAAUGAGCUCUGUGGUCCCCUCCAGUCUGUGCAGGGGACAAAGGAGCAGGACUUCUGGCCACGUUACACUGAUUCAUAGAAGCAGCAGCUCCCCUCCCUCUGCCUGAGCCCAUAGGAGCCCGCUGGUGCAAACAAGGACCAUGUGUUUGAGCUCCCCUGGUGAGUGAAAGGUAGAGAUGCAGGGAGCAGCCGCUCCACAGAGCAUAUUCCCCAGGGACAAAUGGUUUUACAGGCAAAAAACACAGCAGGAGUUAAUGCUAGUGCAGGCAGAAUGAACUUUCAUUCUUCACCUUGUACCUCUGGCAGAGAUGAGAAUGAUAAGGAAAUAGAGCAGUCGGGGUAGUGAGCUGGGCUGCUAAACAAGCCAUUCCACCUGUUGUGUGGGAGGAAUCGCAAAUGGCAUUGAGAAGCUAGUCAUCCAUAUGGGAGCCCCAGCACAUGCAGGUUUGGAGUCAGAAUUCUCCCAUUGAUCCUUGGGUCUUAAUUGACUGACUUGUCAUAGGCCGUAAUUCCUCAACAAUAUUGAAACUUCCACUUAGUUUUUCCUCAUUGUUAGUUUGGUUGGGGGGCGGGGGCAUUGCAGGGUAGGGAUAAGGAGAGAGUGUGAAACAUUUGCGCUGAUAUGCUCAAAUCCUUGUUUAAUUCACAUUAACCGCCUGAAGCCUGCAGUUAAUAUGUAAAUCAUAAGCAUGCUCCUGGUUCAAGGUAAUUAACUUCUGAACAAUUGGGUAACUAAACAUAUUCCUGGAUGCAGACUGAGAAUCUGACUCUGUUUGGGCACCUUUGUGCUAGUCUCCUCACACAAAGCUGCUUUAAAACUGGCAGAUCAAACCGGUAGAGAGUUCCCCUGCCCAUGGAAAGCCUUAGCUGGUGUGGACCCAUCGUAGUGGCUCCAACUUCACCACCGCCUUGCAUCCAGUUCAGGAGGUAAGGUUGGGAGAAAAAGGAUUUCCUAGCAGUCUGUGGCUGAUGCAAAGGCCCUGGUGGCUGAUAGCAGACAGUAGAGAGGUCACCAAAUAUUCCUGGACACAGGGGUUCAGUGAUAUAGCAUAGGGAGAUCCAUUACAAUUGGCCAGAAGUUUUCUGCGAUGAGAGAGUACAUGUGUCAGUUGCAGGUACCAGGGACGGCUCUAGGCAUUUUGCGCCCCAAGCAUGGGAAGGCAUGCCUGCGGGAGGUCCGCUGAAGCCAUGGGACCAGCAGGUACUGACGUAGGGCUCCAGGAUGUGAGGGAAUGAAUUGGACAGGAAUUGUGAUACCAGGCAGUGUGGUAGGAUUUGGGAGGGGAAGUGACCAAGCUAGUCACUCAGGUGAACCUACCCUGCAUUAUGGGUUAUAUGAUAAGGAGGCUUGUAAACUUGGUGUCUGAGAUAGGUUAUAUGAUAGGGAGCCCUGUAACCCCCUCCACUGGAACCAAUUAAAUGCCUGGUAUAGGAGAGUGUGGGUGAUGAGUGGGUAGUACCCCUGCCUUGUGUUAAAAGUUUAAUAAAAGCUGUGACCUGCCACUUGACUCCAUGCAUGUGUCUGUCCUCAUUUUGUAGCUUCAAUACCUUUGGUAACUGAAAAACAAUUCUAUAGCAGUAAAUGGGCCCAGAGCCACAAAAGGAUGUAAGCAUUGUGAUGUUACGCAUCGCAGCACCUAACUUUUAGGUGUCUAGAAAAUUAGAGAAACAGCCCUACGAUCCACACAGCCUGCAUUAGGCACCUAGGCUCCUAUACAGUGAAUGGAGAGAGAGAGGCAGCUAAAAAUGCGAUCCAGAAAGGCUGCAUGCUGGGGGGAGCAGCCUAAGCUUGCCAGUGGGAGAUCCUAACCAGAGGCAGGGCCAGAUGUACACCUUACACACCCCAAGGCACAGCAUCUUUAGCACUUGCUCCUUUCGUGUUGUACAGUUUUCGAGAGGUAAGGCACCCGCAGAACGCCGGCGCCCCUAGGCACGUGCCUACUGUGCCUAAUUGGAAAUCCAGCCCUGACCAGAGGGGUGUGUGCUAAAUCCUGAAGUCCAGGCUGCAGGGAAGUGACUAUCUCUGCUUACUGUUGGUGAAUCAGGGGAAGAUAGGUGGCUAAAUGCAUGUAGGGCCUGAAAUAAAAUAGCAAAGGCAGGGAGGGGGGCAGAGGUGGCUCUCCCUUAAAACCUUUAGCUUACUGGUUAGCUAUUCACCCAAGAUAUGGGAGACCCUGAGUUCAAGUCCCCCCAACAUGAAGGGGAAAAGGGAUGUGAACAGGGAUCUGUCACCUCUCAGGUGAGUGCUCUAACUACUAGCUUAUAGUCAUUCUAACCCUUUCACUGGCCCAAUGAAUAUUUAAUUUUUCAAUGGCGUGACUAAAGUGGAACAACUUCAAUAGGAGAGAUUGAGAGAGCCCCACAUCAGAAUGUUCCUUAAGUGCCCCUGCCUCACUCGUUUUGUGUGCACUGACUUGAGGGAUUUGAUUCACUAGGCAGCCUCUGACCACACCUAGCAGAUCAGGCCCCUGCAUGUGACUUAGGCUGCCAAAUGCCUGUCUUUCCCAGUUUGUGAAUUGCUCUGGGGCUUAGGCUGGAGAUAGGUGUAAAGUGAUGCCUAGAUUGAGUCGGUGGCAUGCAUGCUCAGAGGCAAAAACCAUGUGUGUCUAGAGAAUGUUUACUGCAAAAAC